AUGGAGGCUCUAAAAGCUAUGUUGUUAGUGAACAUUAAUAAAUCCGUUGAAGACUUUUGGAGGGUUCAUUUUGAUAAUAUGGCUUUCUCUUCCCUAUUAAUACGCAUUUGGGAAAGCUAUGGGGACGACGAGCUGUGUGGCGACAACAACUUUUUCUCUGAUCAGAUGGACGAAGCAGUCUUGUGA